AUGAUGUUAUCUGAAAAAGAUAGAAACAUUUUACAAAAAUUUUCUAGAGUCCAAAAUGCAUGUGCUCAAUUGAAAAAUGCUAUUACAGUUAUAUAUGAAAACGCAUUAUCCAAUGAAGAAUUAGCUAGUAUGAAUAGUGGUUCUGAUACUGAAAGAUCUGUAGCCACUGCUGCUGCUUCUAUGAUCUCUACAUAUUUGGCUAACGCUAGAACUUCAGUUGAUAUCAUCAAAAUCUGUGAUUAUUAUAAAUAUGAAAAUGACAUUUCCAACAAGAUCCCAUACUUCAAACAACCAAUAAUUAGCGAUAGCACUUUAGAAAACUUAAUUUUCAUGGAUAAACAUUUAACUAAAUCACACGGUACUAAAACAAACGAUACUCUUAAAUUCGUUGGGGAAACUGAAUUACAAGCUUUAAUCUCUUAUAGCUUAUCCAAGAAAUUCCCAGCAGCUGAUGAAGAAACUCUAGAAAAGUUGAAAGAAUACUUAUUAUCUGAUAGAAUUUUAAAAAAUUGGGCUAGUAAUAUGACUAUUUUAGAAAGAGUUCCUUCCUUAGCUGCCAAAGUUAAGCCAAAUAUUACAAACCAGGAAAUUGAGGAUCUUCAAGUUGAUAUAUUUAAAGCUUACAUUGGUGCAUUGAUCUUAGAUAGAGGCAAUCUAGGUUUAGAUGAUGUUUACAGAUGGAUUGAAAGACUAGUAUCUGUUAAAAUACAACUAUUAAAAUUUAGUAAUCUAAGAGGCUUAUAUGCUAAUGAUCUAAAAACACAGUUAGAACAAUUUAUGGUUGGAAAUAAAUCAGGCCAAUCAUUAGAAUUUAUUAACAGUAAUGAGGGAGGUGUUCACCGCGUUAAGGUCACAUUGGGUCAAACUGUUUUAGGUCAGGCAGAGGCUCUAACUGAAGAGUUAGCUAACAAAAAGGCUGCUUCAAAUAUCCUGUCUAACACAUCUCUAUUAUCUAAAUACUCUGUUCACAAUGAAUCUAUUCCAAUUCAUCCAAUCACUAAAGAAGAGUCUGUGAAAAAGAAACCUGUAGACAACAAUAUUAAAAAUGAAACUACUACAAAAGUGUCUCAAAAGGACAAUGAAUCUCAAACAUUGAAGAAUGAGACAGACACAAAAAAUACUCAACCAACUCAAGUUUCAUUUGCAACAGAAAAAAAUAGCUUAAACACCACCAACCCGCAACCAAUGUUAACUGCUGAUGCAUUAAACGAACAAAUCAUGAACCAAUUAACUUCUAAGAUGGCAUCAAUGGUUAGUCAAUUCACUUCUCAAUUUUUACAAAAUAACAAUAUUUGUCUACCUACUGAACAACCUGUAAACAAUAUUCACUUUUCCGAUAUUAAUGCCACCUCUGAACAAGCAGAUGUAGAUUUAAAAGAUCAAAACAAGACCACUAUCCAAAAAAAUGACACAACAACUGAAAACAAAAAGACGCAAACCGUGGAGAAAUCUACACAAUAUAAUUCAAUUACCACUACCAAUGAAAAAGUUGGAGACACUCCGUCACCAAAAAAGUUCCAAAUUACUUCUAGCUUGAACAACCUAAAUCCAAACGUACCAAAAAUUGAAAAGGCAAGAUAUAUCUUGACAAAUUCACUAGAAAAGAAGAAUGUGGUUUCUACUACAGCUUCAACCACUGAGACUGUUAAUGACAAUAAAACUACUAAAAUAUUAAUGAAGAAUGGAAUUCCACCUCUUCCGAAGGUUGACCUUUCCUUAAAAGAUUUGGCCAAAAUAUCACCAAAGCAACUUGGUUACUCUGAAACAGAAAAUAAAAGACAAAUUAGCUCGACUACUGAUGAACAGCAACAUCCAAGCCAUAAUAAGGUACAACAAUCACAAGAAGCAAAAACCACAAUAUCCGAAGAUGUUGAAAGUAGUAACAUUACAACCUUAUCCGAGGAAAGUGUAAGAAAAAUUAAAAAAAUUAAAUCCACUGAUCCAAUCAAGUUACCAUUAAAAACUUCAUGUGAUAAGGGUGCAAAGGCUAAGGUUUAUGAAAUUUUUGGUAGAUUCAAAAUGUAUCCUGAUUACACUACUAUCCAGUUAGGUGUUAAUGACUUUUAUUCUAUUUGCAGCAUUAGAGGUGAAGAAGACUCUUUUAUGGGUGAAGGGCGUGGUAGCAGCAAAAAAAUUGCUGAACAACUUGCUGCCUCUGAAGCAUUAGAAAAUGAAAGAUUGAAAGAAUUAGUUGAGGCCCGUAACAAACAGGUUGAAAAAUUAUUAGGUGUUAAAAUAGAAGAUUUAGAACAAUCGAGCAGUGAUAUUGUGGAUGAGGUUGAUACAUACAAAUACUUUCAGCCACAGGAAGACCUAAGAGAACUUCCAGUCUUCAACACAUGUGAUAAGAGUUCUAUGUCUAGAUUAUAUGCUAUUAUGGGGCAAUAUAGAUUAUUUCCAGAAUAUGAAAGUGUUCAAGAAGCCUCUAACAUCUUUCACAGUAUAUGUAAAGUCAAAAGCACUGCUGUUAUAUUAAGUGAAGGUCGUGGUACUACUAAGAAGAUAUCGCAACAAAUUGCUGCUGAGAAUGCCUUGGAGGGUGAUGUCUUAGCUGAAUUACUCUCUGAAAUAGCACUAGAAGAAUAUAACUAA